AUGGAACGUUUAAAACCAGCUGGUAGAGCUUUAGACGAGAAUUUAGGAUACCAAACUCUGUGUGUUUCAGGAAUUGGAACAUUUGGAGCAGUCUUCAAAGUUCAGGAUGAUAAAGGUGAAGUUUACGCAAUUAAAAAAGUUUGGUUGAACCCCCGCUUUAAGAACAGAGAGUCACAGAUCACACCACUUCUUGCUCAUCCAAACUGCUUACAUUGCUAUAAGAGUUUUAUCACAAAUGAAGGACCAAAUAGAGAUGCAUAUUUUCAUCUCGUCACUGAUUUCCUUCCUGAGGAUUUAGAGAAGCUAGCUUCCGUAAAAUCACCAAUUGACAUGCGAUUUGUUAAAAUUUUCGGAUAUCAACUCUUUGCUGGUCUUUGCUAUCUUCAUCAUUUCGGUUUAUGCCAUCGUGACAUCAAGCCGUCGAAUGUUCUCAUUGAUCAAAAUGAUGGAAGAUGCCAGUUAUGCGAUUUUGGCAGCGCAAAAUUCUUAGUUGAAAAUGUUAAAAAUGUAAGCUACAUUGCAACACGUAGCUAUCGUGCUCCAGAACUCAUUCUCGAUUGCAAGACAUAUAAUACAAAAAUUGAUGUCUGGUCUGCAGGCUGCGUCUUGGCAGAAUUAGUUUUGCAUACAAUUCUCUUCAAUGGAACAAAAGGAGAGGAAGUUCUUGAAAGAAUUACGGGGAUUAUCGGUAUGCCAAAAAUUGGCGAUUUAGAUACUUUUCAACACAAUUUACCAUUAAUUUUCAUAGGCCCAAGAUAUACAAAGCUUCAAAACGAAUUUCCACCAGAUACAGAUCCAGAAUUUCUUGAUCUUCUUAAUCACAUUUUCGUUUGGAAUGUUAAUAAUAGAUAUUCAGCCGCAGAUUGCAUGAGACAUCCAUUUUUCAAGGAUGUCUGGAAUCUUAAACUUCCAAAUGGAAAUGAUUUGCCAGAAUACUUUCAUAAGAUGAAAACUCCUGAAGAAAUGUUUGAAAACUUCCCAGAUGGGCCUCAUGAAUAA